CUGUAAAGGUUAUCUGUCAUUUUACUGUCAAUAGUGCAGCAAUCAGCUGAUUAGUGACUUAUGUUUGUCCACUGAAUUUUCAACCACCACUCCUUGUCAGGUGACUAGAAAUCCAGUUUUCAUUGUAAAAAUUUACAAAUUUCGUUCACACAAUUUGAAAUUGAUUGUUCUUAUUUAAAAUGGCACUACAUUCUGCAGUAAAAGGAAAACUAAUCUCAGUAAUUGGCGACGAGGACACUUGUGUUGGAUUUCUCCUAGGAGGGGUAGGCGAAAUAAACAAAAACAGGCACCCCAAUUUCAUGGUUGUGGACAAAAACACAGCCGUUAGCGAGAUUGAGGAUUGCUUCAAGCGUUUUGUUAAAAGAGAUGACAUUGAUAUAAUUUUGAUCAAUCAGAAUGUGGCAGAAAUCAUACGCCAUGUGAUUGAUAAUCACAAUUCCCCUGUACCAGCCAUACUUGAGAUUCCAUCAAAAGAUCAUCCUUAUGAUGCCAGCAAAGAUUCUAUUCUCAGACGUGCAAAGGGAAUGUUCAAUCCAGAUGAGGUGGCUUAGAAAAUUCGUCUACAGAUGUGAAUUACUAGCUGAUGCAUUUCUGUUGUAUAUGUAUUCAAGAGAUAAUAUAUUAUAAUAGUAUUACUUGUAAUUUGACCUCAUUCCAUUAGUCAAAAUAAUGUACUAGCAAUAUUUCUACCUAUUAUUAUUGUUUUUGGCAAACCAUUGCAUUAUUAAAUUUCUGUAUAA